AUGGAUGGGCUUUAUGCGCGUGACAACCCAAAGGCCGACCGCAGCAGCGAGCUUAAUACCACGACAACGAUUGUGCUAGUUCUGUCAGCUAUCUUUGUCGCAUUGCGCUUCUGGGCUCGAUAUGUUCGGAUUGGCUAUGGACUUGAUGACUGGCUGACUGUGGUAGCGUUGGUCUUGGUCUUUAUCACAGGGGGGCUCAACUAUGGCAUGAUUGCUCAUGGCCUCGGUAAACACGCCGCAAAUGUGUCAUUGGAAGACCGAGCCAUCUUCUUCAAGAUCCUCCUCGCCUUCGAAUGUAUCUACGUCACUGCAGUAAUGAUGGUCAAGCUUGCUUUGAUGCAGAUGUAUCUACGCAUCUUCCCAUCACGUCGCUUCAAAUUGGUCUCAGCCAUCAUCGCCGCUACCGUCGUUGCUUGGUGGAUAGCCAUCUGCGCUGUGUGCAUCUUCCAGUGUCGUCCAAUCAGAAGGGCUUGGAUGCCGUGGUUGACCGAGGGUACAUGCAUCGAUCUCAAGGCUUCCUUCAUCGGCAAUGCAAUUCCCAACAUUGCGACUGAUAUUGCCAUUCUGUGUUUGCCAGUGAGGCAGAUCUUGAAAUUGCAAGUCAACGUUGCUCAGAAGUUGUCCCUAUUGGUCAUCUUCCUGCUCGGUGGUUUUGUUUUGUUUGCCAGUAUAUACAGAUUCACAACCAUUAUGCAAUUCCAAAUUGCCGACACUACAUGGACCCUUGCUACAGCAUGCACCUGGUGUGUCGUCGAAGCAGCCUGUGGAACCAUCGCCCUUUGUCUCCCGACCCUGAGACCACUCAUGCUAAGGGUGUCUUCAAAAUUCGAAAGUGCGUCACGUUCCAGGAAGACGGCCGCGACUCGCUCCAACAGGCCAACCGAACUCGUCACCAUCGGUGGAACAGGAAAGACAGACACAAGACAGUUUCAUCGCAUAGAAGAUGACCGAGCGUCCAACGAAAGCCAACUUGAGCUUGGUACAGGCCAUGGAAGUCUUCCCCAUUACAACAUGAGCGAAAGAGGGUCAGGAGACGAGCUACCGCUGCACAAAGAUGGGAAGGGAAACUUGUGA